GCCACUUCUUAGAAAUUAGCCGGGACGGAGUUUCUUGAGCUUCCUGGAGCGUGCUGCUUACCUUCCAUUCUCCUCUCAAAAUUCAUUAGUAAGCAUGUAAGUUUCGUACGGCCCGAACUUGAACGGAUUCGUCGGAUAGACGGGUCAUCGAACGGAAUGAUGAGUGAUCAUCCCGAGCCAAGUUUAGCUUUCAAAGGUUGCCUCCACGCGCUUCCAGUCGGGGAGGGAGGAAGGAAAUCACUCCAUAGGUCACUAAUCUCGAAACGGCUUAUCUACUGAAUUAAUUGUCUAGACACGAUCAGUCAGCGCUGGUCGGGUUCUAAUACAGGCUGCCUUAUCUCCUAGCCGACAGACUCUCGAUUGACUGACCGUGACUAUAUUCGUCACAUUAUGGACCAACAAUUACCAGUGCAGCUGUCAAGCGACCUGCCUCUCUUGCCUCCCUUCGAUUGGCAGGAGCUCUAUGAAAGCACAACCUCAUCCGAACCUACUCAUCCUUUGUUACCCGAGUUCGCAACCUCUGAUAUCAACUCAUUGCUCUCGGCUCGCUCCUAUCCCCUACCAAAUUCACAUAACACUCGGAAUGCUCAAAAUAAAACACCAUCACCCAGUCAUGGCGACUUAGCUCUUGAGCUUGCACCUUACUCUCACCCGACAAACACAAACCAAGCACCCAUUCCUAAAGCGACAGCACCGGGGCCACAAAAACGCCAGCGACUUGGAUCCAAGAAGGCCGCACCGUCAGGGAAGGUCCGCGGAGCUCCCGGAGACAAGGGAGGUAGAAAUGAAAGUCCUGAAGAGCGGAGGCGCACGCAAACUCGCCUAGCACAACGUGCAUAUCGUUCACGACAGCAAGCAUCAGUGGAUAGCUUCAGGAAUCGAAUCUCCUUUUUAGAGACCUCGAUAGAGAAAAUGAGCUCUGCUAUGCUGUCCUUCAGUGAGCAGCUGGUCCAGAGUGGUGUCCUUAGGUCACAGUCUGCUUUGACCACCAAUUUACGUGAUACGAUGAAGACAUUCCUAUCUCUGGCAUCCGGGGCAAGCAUCGACGAGGGGACGAGGACCCCAGUUGACUUCAAUAGAGCAACUGACUUGCCGCCAUCCCCACCACAACCUACCACCAAGCGCUUAUCUUCGGACGGCCCCCUUCACUUGUACCUGGUGGACAGCCGAGUAUAUCAUCCUCAAAGGGCCGUCCAACCGGUGGCCGUCAAGUCAACUGGAACGACGAUUAUAGACGUGACCGAAUUCAUUGAAAGGCUCCUCCUAGCAGCUCUUUAUCAGGGACAUUUGGCUCUAAGCGAUCCGUCCUUCAGCAUGGAUCAACUCCAAAGGCCCUUUGGGCUCAUUUUCACUAUGAUGAACCGCGACCGCCUGACAGCUUACUUCAAGGCAGAAAUAUAUGCUCAAGUCAAUCGGAAGCCUUUGGACGGAUGGGAAGAAGUCCCCUUUUUCAGAUUGGGCCGUGCGGGAACACAUUAUCCUGACGGGAGCACGGGUGUCUUUGUCCCUCGUUAUCAGAGAUGGGGCACCGUGGAGGACCCUUUGUCAUUGGUUACGGAAGAUUUACGAAAGCAGCUAGAAGGGGAUUGGUUAGAUUUGCAAGAUCUAGAGGGGUAUCUUCGUGAAAAGAAUGUUCUCCUGGUCGUGUCACCAGGUGAGCCAACAAGAUGCUCAGAAGGUCAGGUCAAUAUCAAUGUCUUGCGAUUUAUAUCAGCAUUGAUCCCCAGAGGAGUUUGCCUGGGCCGAACGCCUGGCUUUCAAUGUGGUGAUGUGGAGGAUGCCCUACAUUUUUCAACAAUUGUGUAAACCUGUGGAACUCAUUUAGUUUGGGCACCAAAUUUUGGCGAAAUAUGCAUAAUGUGUCAAUACACACUACUGUAAAAUAUCUGUGGUGGUCUUGCCCUCCCGAUUUGAUAUCUGGUUUGAAAUAAUUCUUUCGAGGCCUCACAUUUAG